AUGCGUCUAUUUCUAUUCCUCUCGCUACUUUUUGUUCUCUAUUAUAAUGCAUCAGCCUACAAUUAUCUCGUUGUUUCUCCCGUUUUUGGAUAUAGUCAUCUGAAAUUUAUGAGCAAAGUGACAGAUACGUUGGCAAAUGCGGGACAUAAUGUGAUUGUUGAUUACUAUAAUAAAGAUGCACCAAGUCAUGAACAAUCAGCCAGUGUUUUCAAAUUCUUUUGGGAUAGUGAAGUUGUGAAUAAUCCGAUCACUGGAGCAAUAGCUCCAAUGUUCAUACUAUACAACGAAUUCAAGCCAAUGUGCGAUAAAGUUCUGACUGAUAAAGAGUUGCACGAUUGGAUUAAAUCCAAGAAUUUUGAUGGAUUCGUCGCAGAAGCUUUCGACUUCUGUUCGCUAUAUCUCGGGGAUCAUCUUAAAAUGAACUUGAUGCCAAUGUUCUCCACCAUCAAAAACAUUCCAGGUUCCUAUGCUAUUGGGGAACCAUCUGCUCUUAAUUUUGCACCCUCUCUACAUACAAACUACGGCCCAGAUCAAACAGUUUGGGACCGUCUUCAAGACAUUACUUCUUUUACUUCCUUCCAUUACGCAUUCUCAAAUCUUUAUGACAGACAGUACAGACAAGCGUAUUCUCUUCUGAAUGGAGAAGUUCGUACAUGGAAGGAUAUUCUGCAAACAGCCACAUAUUUCUUUAACAACAAUAAUCCUUACAUCGGAUUCCCAAUUCCAACUCUUGCCAAAACUGUAGAAAUCGGAGGGUUCACAAUAGAUCCACCUAAACAUGAGAAACUGGAAGAAGAAUUCGACAAAAUUCUGAAUCUUCGAAAGUCGACAGUUCUUAUUUCAUUCGGAACAGUUGUGCAAUCAGCUGAUAUGCCAGAAGCAUUCAAGUUAUUAUCAUUUCUAGCUGACCAUCGUCUCAACCUCUUCAUCACACACGGAGGUCUCGGAAGCACCUUGGAAGUUGCUUAUGCUGGAAAACCAUCUCUUAUGAUCCCAAUUUUCGGAGAUCAAUUUCUCAACGCAAAAAUGUUGAGCCGUCACGGAGGAGCGAUAUCCUACGAUAAAUACAAGUUGGGAGAUUCUAAGAAAUUGACGGAGACUGUGAAGGAAGCCAUUUCAAACAGUGCAUACAAUGAGAAAGCAUUGCUUCUAGCCAAUAUUCUUCAGAGUCAACCUAUUCAACCAAAAAAUAACUUGCUGAAGCAUGCAGAGUUUGUUGCAAGAUUCGGAAGAGUGCAUGCAUUGGAACCCUACAAUGUUCAUUACAAUUUCAUUAGGUACUACAUGUUGGAUGCAUAUGCCAUUCUUCUUUCAAUUUUCAUUGUUUCCUUAUACGUGUUUCAUUUUAUUGUCAAAUUUUUAUAUAGACGAAUCUGCAGAUCCAAGCCAAAAACAGAGUAA